UCUUUCUCUCUCCUCUUCUUCUUCUUCUUCGUCUUUCUCUCUCUAUCUGAUUCCUCUUUCUUCUAUUCGACCAAGGCUUUCUAGGGUUUGGGAAUCGCGCGCGCGCGCAUCUUCAACGGCUCGGGCGGCGAGAUCCAGGUUUUAAUUGGAGGACUUUUAGGGUUUUGGUUUAUCAAGCGCAUUGUAUUGGGUGGCUCGCGGGUUCGAUUUGAGCUUCCGUAUCCACAUCGCGAUCUAGGGUUUUCAAUUGGGGUUUAUACGUAGAGAGAGAGGCCCAGUUUAGGUUUUUCUCCUGUAAGUUUUUGAAUUCCUUCCCUUUUUUUUUUGCUUUGCGAAUUUGGGGUUUUGAUCUGAAAAAAAAGGGGGGUGAAUUGGGAGAUUGAUCAAUUCGGAAAGUUUCUAUCUUUGGGUUUUAGUGGUUCUUUUCUGAGUGUUUGAUAGAUUCGCAUUGCUUGUAUUGAGCUGGGGAAUUUCAUCCCCAAUUUUUUUCGAUGCCUAAUCUUCCCUUUGUUCAUAUUGCCCAGUUGUGCAACUUUGAAUUUUGAAUUGAAUUCGGGCAGCUUGAGAUUAACAGGGCCUUCCCUUUUGCUGAAAGUUUUGAACUUUGUGACGAAUUCUUUGAACCCUGGACAUUUGGAGAGAACUAAACAUAUACAUACUUAGGAGGAGAAUAAUAACAAUUGGGCUUCAAUUUUGUGCAUUUUGAAUUGUGGUGUCAUUGAGAUCAACUUACAAGGGACUAAAAUUAUUUGCCACAGUUGAUAUGUGCAGUAAUUUGGAGUUUAUCUUAUGGCACCUACUGUUCCAAUAGACUUCGCUGGACAGAAACAGUCAUUGAUGGGGAAGUCACGCAAGUAUUCAAAAGGGCAGCUAUCUGGUUUUGUUCCGGAUUAUCGGCACGCUGUUGAGACCAUGGGUGAAUCAGAGGGUUUUGGAAGCUCAGGAAGGGUGGAUACGGAAAUGACAGCUUCGGAAGAUUCAUGUGCGCCUUCUAAAAGGAAAUGUAUUAGUUUGAAUGUUGAUGGUCAUGAUAGUUUUGGGUUGACUAUGCAAGUGCUUCAGCUGUCAAGAAUGUCUCGGUCCGAAAGGAAAGAUUUAGAAGUGAGGCUGAAUUCGGAGCUGGAACAGGUCCGGGACCUUCAGAAGAAAAUUGCAACUAUGAGUUCAGCUAUUGUGUUAUCCCCAGCUAGUGAUAUUCGGAGUUGCAGUGAUGGGAAAACCAGGCCUCCAGUCGAGGCUUAUCAUAGACCAGCUGAACUAACUGGGCCGCAGGGUAAGAAACGAGCUCCUCAUGGGCGUAAUGGUUCACGCAACAAAAAGAGCUUAUCUGCGCAUGUGGAGUCAGUGAGGCCAGUUGCAGCUUCAAAUGCUCAGUUGAUGAAACAAUGUGAGGGUUUGCUAAAUCAGUUGAUGAAACAUCAACAUGCUUGGGUUUUUAAACAUCCUGUAGACGUGGUGAAGUUGAAUAUUCCGGAUUAUUUUACUGUCAUUAAGCAUCCAAUGGAUUUGGGCACUGUGAAGAGCAAGAUUGCUUCUGGGGGAUACUUGAAUCCAUUAAGUUUUGCUGCUGAUGUGCGGCUUACAUUCUCAAAUGCUAUGACUUACAACCCACCUGGCAAUGAUGUACAUAUUAUGGCUGAGAUUCUCAGUAAAUAUUUUGAACAGAGGUGGAAAGCAGUAGAAAAGAAGCUUCCAGUUGAUGUGGAUGCUUUGCCUUUUAGAGCGCCUCUUCAUACGGAAAUCAUAGAAACUGCUACACCGAUGCCACCCUCAAAGAAGAAGAAAACUACACCAAAUGAUAGUAGCUUCAAGCCAGUGAAGCCUGUCAAGCCAGAAAUUGUCAAACACAUUAUGACUGAUGAGGAGAAGCAUAAACUGACCAUGGAGGUUGAUUCUUUGCUGGGAGAAUUGCCCGAAAGCAUUAUUGAUUUCUUAAAAGAGCAUAGCGGUGAAGGUCAAACCAGUGAUGAUGAGAUUGAGAUUGACUUUGAGAUUCUCAGUGAUGAUACUUUGUUUGCAUUGCGGAAGCUUCUAGAUGAAUAUCUGCUGGAGAAAGAGAAAAGGCUGGCAAAAGCUGAACCUUGUGAAAUGGAGAUCCUUAAUGAGCCGGGAUUUAGCAACUCUUCGCUGCAUCCAUGUAAAGCACGUAUUUCGAUCAGCUGAGGUCUCACUACAUAUGCAAUUUCAGGCAAUGACAUGGUUGAUGAAGAUGUGGAUAUUGUUGGUGGAAACGAUGCUCCUAUGUCAAGCUUUCCUCCUGUAGAGAUUGAGAAAGAUGCUGGUCAUAGAAACAGUAAAUGCAGUAGCUCUAGUAGCUCCAGUAGUGAAUCAGGCUCUUCGUCCAGUGGUUCGUGUUUCUGCGUACUCUUCAUCUGUUCGGUCGUUUCAUCUUAUAAAAUAAAUGUGUGGUUUACAAUAUUUAUUUCUGGUGUUCAAAUUUUGGAGCUCUUGAGCCUACUUAAAUUUUUUGUGUACUAUGCAAAUAUUACUAAAUACUCAGUGACCAUGCAAG